CUCCAGACAGCGGUCGUGCCGUUGCUGGCUCAGUGUGUUCCCUUCCUUGCCUGCAGUGUGCUAAGAUUGUGUGUCAGCAUGCAUUUCUGGGCAAGGUUCCUCUUGCAUGUGUUUAUAAUGUCGAGUCUACUGGGAGAAGCAGACAGCCUUGUGCUGACCCCCAGUAACAGCUCUCCCGUGUCUCUCUUUGAUUUGCAGAAUAAUCAAGUUCUUGGGAUCGGAAGCGGUUCUACGAUUGUCCACGCGGUGCAUCGAUUAGCUGAGCGAGUUAAACAGGAGAACCUGACUAUUGUCUGCAUCCCUACAUCUUUUCAGGCCCGUCAGCUCAUCCUGCAGAACGGCUUAACGUUAAGUGACUUGGACCGACACCCAGAGCUCGACGUCGCCAUUGAUGGAGCGGAUGAAGUGGACUCUGACCUCAACCUUAUCAAAGGUGGCGGUGGUUGCUUGACACAGGAGAAAAUAGUUGCAGGAUAUGCAAAGUGCUUCAUCGUUAUUGCUGAUUACAGGAAAAAAUCAAAGAGCCUUGGGGAGCAAUGGAAGAAGGGAAUUCCUAUCGAAGUCAUCCCCAUGGCUUACGUCCCCGUCACCAGAGCCCUGACCAAAAACUUCGGAGGUGCUGCGGAGCUGCGGAUGGCUGUUAGCAAAGCGGGCCCUGUGGUGACGGACAACGGGAACUUCAUCCUGGACUGGAAGUUUGACAAGGUUCAUGAAUGGAGUGAAGUGAACACUGCUAUAAAGAUGAUACCAGGUGUGGUGGAGACAGGACUUUUCAUCAACAUGGCAGAGGUGGUGUACUUUGGCAUGGAGGACGGCUCAGUCAGCGUGCGGGAGAAGCAGCAUCAUUGAUGCUGGCGUGCUGCCUGCUCUGCUUCGCCUUUGGCCAGUUUGAUUCAGCUGUUGUAACGGUGCCAACCUGACGUUUUGCCUUAACGAGCAGCGGUUAUCGCAGAAGACGGAUGGGAAGUUGAUCAGAAUCCGCUAAUGUGAUACUGAAUGUCUUUUUUAAAAAAAAAAAAAAUUAUAUUCUAUUUCUAUAUAUAUAUUUUUACUUUACAGGAAUGUUGUCUUUUUUAAAGAAUAAUUUAAACAAAUUGCUUUAACGUUUUUAUUUUAUUUUCUAAGAAAUACUUACCAAAAAGAA